AUGCCGGCUCCUCUGGAGACCUGCCUCUCCGAUCUCGACUGCUCCAGCAGCAGCAGCGACCUAUCUGGCUUCGUCACAGAUGAGGAGGACUUCGCCAGGCUGCAGCCGCCAGCUUCCUUCACGGAUCCGCCCGCGGCGACCCGCAGGAGCGCACCCGCGAUCCCUGGGGCGCCCGAUGCUUCCGGGGCGCUAGAGGACGAGCAGGAGCGGCGCCGACGCCGGGGCCGGGCGCGGGUGCGCCCCGAGGCACUGUUGCACUCGCUGCGUAGGAGCCGGCGUGUCAAGGCCAACGACCGCGAGCGCAACCGCAUGCACAACUUGAACGCGGCGCUGGACGCGCUGCGCAGUGUGCUGCCCUCCUUCCCCGACGACACCAAGCUCACCAAGAUCGAGACGCUGCGCUUCGCUUACAACUACAUCUGGGCUCUGGCUGAGACACUGCGCCUGGCAGACCAGGGCCUGCCCGGGGCGGGUGCCCGGGAACGCCUCCCGCCGCCGCAGUGCGUCCCCUGCCUUCCUGGGUCCGUAAGCCCUGCCAGCGACUCCGAGUCCUGGAGCUCUGGGGCCGCCGGCUCGCCCUGCGCCGCCGCCGCCUCGCCACUCUCCGAUCCCAGUAGCCCCGCCGCCUCCGAAGACUUCUCCUAUGGCGCCGGCGACUCCCUUUUCUCCUUCCCCGGCCUGUCCAAAGACUUGCUCCACACGGCGCCCUGUUUCGUCCCCUACCACUAG